AUGGUGAUUGUAACAGGUGCUAGUGCUGGCAUUGGUGCUGCUACGGUCAACGCUUUCAUAAAAGUUGGCAUGAAGGUAGUCGGUUUCGCAAGACGAAAAGAAAAAAUCGAAAAAUUAGUUGAAAAUCAUGAUGGAAAAUUAUUUGCCGUAAGCGUGGUUGUAACAAAAUCUCAAGAAAUACUCGACUGUUUUACGUCGGUUACUAUAAAUGUUGGUCCUGUAAACGUUUUAAUUAAUAACGCCGGUAUACUUAUGCGUGUCGCCAAUACCAAAAUUCAAAUAACGACGUUGAGUCCAGGUUUCGUAAAAACUGAUAUUUUGAGUAUUCAAGAGGAAUAA